UUCAGCUGUGCAGUUUGAUUCUCAGAGCUUGUAGAAACAGUAAGGUUGGAACGAUUACAGUUGAACCGCGAUAAAUGGCUACCAAUCAGCAGUGUGAUUUAGAACAGACGGUGAUCUGUCCGAUUUGCUGUGAUGUGUUUAGAGAUCCUGUAUCCCUGAAGUGUUCUCACAGUCUGUGUGAUCAAUGCCUCCAGGAAUACUGGAGCACUCAGGAAACACUGCAAUGUCCUGUCUGUAGGAAACACUGUUCUCGUGAUGAACCCACCAUGAGUCUGGCCUUCACAAGCCUCUGUGAGAACUUUCAGAGUAGAAAAAGUGCACCUCCGUCCAGUGACAUCUGCCCAGAACAUGAUGAGAAGCUCAAACUCUUCUGCUUUGAGGAUAAACAGCCCAUCUGUGUAGUCUGUUUUACUUCAAAGAAGCAUAAAAACCAUCAGUGUGCCCCUAUUGUGGAGGCUGUGGAAGACUUGAAGGCUGAAGUAAAGUCUGAAGUCUCACGUUUGCUACAGAGCCUUAAAGUUCUAAAUAAAUCUAAAGAAGAUUAUGAAAUGCUGUCAGACACUAUCAGGGAUGAGAGGCAGAGUGUGGAGAAAAUGCUCAGGCUGGAGUUUGAAAGCCUUCACCAGUUUCUCAAAGAGGAAGAGGAAGCCCGGAUUGAUGCCCUGAGAGAAGAAGAGAUGCGAGAAUGUGAGAAGACCACAAGGAAGAUCGCAAAGUUGUCGGAUGAAAUCUCAAACGUCUCUACGAUUAUAAAUAUCAUUAACCAGGAGAUGGAGAUGGAUGAGAUAACUUUUCUUCGGAACUAUUCCAACAACCACUACAAUCCAGACAGGUAUAACCUUCCUGAACCUGAUGUUGUCUCAGGAAUAGAUUCAGCAAAACAUCUCUCUAUCGUAAAUGUCAAUUUAAGGGCAAAGAUGUGUGAACUGCUCCACAAAUCAACCAUGUCUGUGACUCUGGACCCGAACACAUCCUGCAACAAGCUAGUGUUAUCAGAGGACCUGAGCAGUUUGCACUUCGUGGAACAGAAACAGGAGGUACCUGACAACCCAGAGCGGCUGUAUGUGGGAGUGUUGGGCUCUCACGGCUUUAGCUCAGGCGUUCACUGCUGGGACGUGGAAGUUGGAGACAACGGCCACUGGAUAAUAGGGGUAGUCAAGCAGUCUGUGGAGAGGAAGAAACUGCUAAAGUUGGAUCCCUCCAGUGGAAUAUGGAGCAUUCGAUACACCAAUGGUAAAUACAGGGUUGGUAUAAAGUCUCGCAGGGAGCUCAGUCUGCCAGAAAAGCCGCAGGUCAUCAGGGUUCAAGUGGAUUACGAUAAUGGACUCGUUACAUUUUUGGAUCCAUCUAAAGGCCCGGUUCUGUAUACCUUUACUGAGAAAUUUACAGAAGUGCUGUUCCCUUAUUUUAAUACUGCCUGCACUGUCUGCCCUCUGCACAUAUCCUAAGUUUCCUUUACCUGUUGUGCAGUGAUUCUUUAGCAUAAAGCAGCACCCCACAUUGGGUCGCCUGAGAUGCAUAUGGAGUCGCAGCAGAUUUUUAUAAACAGUCAAGACAGACAAAUCCACAUUGUAAAAUAUUUCAAACUAAUGAAUGUUUUCUGCCUAAAUUUCCUUACUGUAGGGUGUUGGUAAUAAAAUAUCAGCUACAUGAACGGUACUAAUGAAUCACUUUGAUCACUUUGUUGAAAAAAUUAACAAUCUGUGAUAACUGGCACUUAUUUUCAAUACUACAGUAGUAAAUACCCUGUAAGGUGAGAAGUGAGGUUCUAAUGUUGAGCUCUGAAACUGGCCAAAAAGGUUUAGAACCCCUACUGGGAGGCUGCUCAGGUGGCGCAGCGGUAAAAACACACGCUAGAACCAGAUCUGGGAUCUCGAAUACAUCGUAUCGAAUCUCAGCUCUGCCUACCGGCUAGGCUGAGCAGCCACAUGAACAACAAUUGGCCUGUUCUUCAGAUAUGGGCGGGACUAAGCCAGAUGGGGUCUCGCUCUCAUGACUGGUGCAAUUACGACCUCUGCUGACUGAUUGAUGGUGCCUGCACAGAGAUGAGAAAAGAGUGCUCUCAGGGUGUGUCUCUCCAUACAGGGCGUGGGUUAGCUUCGUUCUUAAUCAGAGCAGGGAUCGGCAUUGGUGGAGAGGAAGCAUGACGCAAUCGGGCAAUUGGACACGCUAAAAAAAGGGGAGAAAUUGCAUAAACAAUCAAAUGUAUAUUUGUAUGUAUAUAUAUACAGUAUAUAU